AUGAGUGAUCAUGAUUAUUCAAGAGAACGAGAAAAUGGACGAUCACGUCGACGAUCGCCUGGUUCGCCACGAACAAGUCGAUCACCAUCACCAAGACGAUAUUCUCGUUCACCAUCACGUCAUCGAUCAAGACGUAGUCCGACAAGUCCAAAAGGUGGUCGUCGUCAACCAAAUGAAGUUCAUCGUGAAAAUCCAAUAGCAAGUGCAGUACUUGGAGUUUUUGGUUUAUCACAAUAUACAGUUGAACGUGAUUUAAAAGAUCUAUUUCAUAAAUUUGGUCGAAUAAAAGAUGUACAAGUUGUAAUUGAUAAAAAAACAAAUAAAUCCCGUGGAUUUGGUUUUGUUUAUUUUGAGGAGAUUGAAAGUGCAACACGAGCUAAAGAAGCUCUUAAUUCCGUUGAACUUGAUCAUCAUCGUUUACGUAUUGAUUAUUCGGUGACAAAACGUGCUCAUACACCAACACCUGGUAUUUAUAUGGGUGUUCGUACAACAUCAUAUCAUCGAUCAAAUGGACAUAGUUAUCGUCGUUCACCAUCACCCGAUCGAAGAUCAUAUCGACGACAUCGUCAUCAUAAUAAUCGAUCUCGAUCACGUUCUCAUAGUCGAAGUCGAUCACGAUCUCGACGUGGUGGUGAUCGUCGACGUCGAAGUCCAGGCUAUGGAUAUGAUUGA